AUGCUCACCCAUUCCACCCCAUCCUCCACACUCCCACCACUCCUUGGCAACCGUACACGACCAGAUCCAAUGCCUAUCGCGUUCGACAAACGUUCCUCAGAGGAAGAGGACGCCGCAGAGCGCAGGGGUGUACGCAAGCGCAAGCGGCUAUCAAAGGCAUGCGAUGCCUGUCAUAAGUCAAAGCGUCGAUGCGAUGGUCGAUCUCCUUGCGCGAACUGUGAAUUCGCUACCAAAACAUGCGUCUACACGGACAGCCUCGGACGCGCUGUCGCAGCACCCCACGCCCGCUCAGAGGACCUCGUAUCCCUUCUCUUCCCCCGUCCUGCUUUGGCUUCGCAGCUCACCUCCCCCUUGCGCUCCGCUCCCUACCCUCCGCAGGGCGUCAUGGGUCCUCGCCCAAUCGCCAGUGGACCGCUGACUCGCCCAUCUGGCGGGCUACCGGUUAAUAUCAUGGUCGACACUCCCCAGAUGUUGAAGGAAGAAUAUCCUUGGGCGAAAACCGAGGAGCUGCGCAAGGCCCUCACAGACGUGAUGCCUAAUACAAGGAUCACGGUCGAUCCAACCAUCAAACUUGAGCUGACGAACAUCUUCUUCAACAAGUGCACACCGUACAACCUGAUGAUCCACAAGCCCACGUUCUUGAGCAUGCUCACAAAUGGCAGCUUGCCAAAUUACAUCCUUCUUUCUAUCAUGGCAUUGGCCGCGCCCUAUUCUUCCCAUCCAGCACUGCGUAUCCUUUCUCCCAACGGUCGUCCCUGGCAGCAGGGUGAGAUCUUCGCGGAACCGGCGAGGCGCGUGCUCCUCGAUCGUACGGGGAACGUUCAGCUGGAUUAUACCCUGGAAGUGGCCCAGGCAUUGAUUAUGCUACAUGUUCACGAAGUUUCUAUGAGGCGUUCGUCCGGUGCCAACGGCCGUUACAUGACAAUGGCUCUUGACAUUCUGCUGCGCUUUGAGACUCACCGCCUGGAUGCUUCAGGGGCAAUGGGUGAAACCACAGAACCGACAAAGGCUCUACUUGCUGAAAGCUAUAGGCGGACGUUUUGGCUCAUCUAUUUCAUUGAGUCCCUCUGUUCGACGUUCACCGAACGCCCGCUCUCUUUCAAGGAAUCUGAAUUCGCCGUCCGGCUGCCGAUGAAAGACAGUCGAUUUGAAAUAUUUGCGGAUGCUGAACCGCCGACGGAGUUCCUCCGACCAGGGGGACAAGAUGUCACUGAGCCGGGGGCGUUUGGGUAUCUUGUUCGCAUCACCUCGAUCUACGUGCGCAUCGCAGCGCUCAUUAUCGAGAGUCAGAACAUUGGAAUGCUGCGGAACACGGAAACUCACCGUCGUCUUACGACACAGCUGCAGGAGUGCGAGCGAAGCCUGACGGACUGGCAAUUAUCUUUGCCGUUGAGACUCCGGUUCAACGAAGCCAACCUCCGCAUGCACAUCCACAUGUACCACAUUGCUGGCGGCUUCGGUUGGGCAUUUGCGUACAUGCAUGCGCUCUCAGAAUGUUGCAUGCUGGCGAUCUACGAGGUCUUUGACGAGCCGCCGAUGACGCGUUCCAAGCAGGCCAUCGCAAACCUGAUGAUCAUUUUGGACUGGCUUGAACCAAAGGGUCGCUCCAACAUUGCCACCGCUUGGAUACUCCUUGCCCUCUUACAGCACUAUGACCGUGCUCGGGUCGAACCGGACGCUCGUGUGCAGGAGUGGUGCCACGAGUACGAGGCCCAAUACGGCAUCAAGCUGGACGAUAUUCGGAGCCCCUCCUUCCGCCAGAACUGGAUGGGACCGCGGGUCCACGCACCGCGACUGAUCAAUGGCCAAGGUACACCGACUUGGCAGGCUGUCGGGCAACCUUUGUCGACUUCGGCCGCUCCUAGGCCCAGCCUGCAUAUUGGGACUACGAACCACUACGACUACCCCAUGGGUGGCGGGCCGGCCCACACUUAUGGGCCCACAUUCCCGCCCCCCAGGACGACGCAUACACCGUACAACGGAAUAACCAUGGACCCCUUACCUACACCAGCGACAUCCCAUUGGCCUGGUGAUCAGACACUGGGGCCGCUACCUUCGUUGCCACGGAUAUUCGACAGGCAGGAAGUGUCUGCCAUGCACCUCUCACCAGUAAACCAAGUUUCGCCAUACACCAUGCCGUACACCGAUGGCUACCUCUCUGGCCCCAACGCCCUCCCACAUCACCACCAGUACCCCUCGAAUCACAGUUUUCGUAUCCGCACGAAUGGGCUUCCGGCGAGCAGCUUAGAUUCCCUUUCCGGAUCAACUACGGAUAGGUUCACCUCCGUAUCCCCAGCAGAUGAACAUGCCCAGCCCGCGAAACGUGCGCCUGUCGGCCUUGGAUGGUUGGCAGACGAGCCACGCGCAGAGCGGAAGGUCGGCUUGCUUGAUUAG